AUGUCUCGGCGACGGUUGGAGGAAGCCAUUCUUAGAUCCAAAGAGUUGGAGAGCUCUGGAGAGAGCGUAGAAGAGGGCUCUGACGAUGACGAGAGAUAUGGGGAACUCUUUGUGAGAUACCGCAUCCCGUUGAGCAAAGACACACACAGUAUUUACAGCCUCCGCUUUUCCCCUAGUGGGAAACAACUGGCUGUAGAUUUGGAAAUGGCGCCAUUCAGAUUGUGAACACCGAGAGCGGCUCUCUGGCCUCCACUCUCUUCUGCGGACAUCGCACCAGGCAAGCCAUCACCGCACUCAAUUACCACCCAAAGAACAGCAACAUCCUGGUGGGGGCCGGAGCGGACGGUCUGCUCUCCUUUUAUGAUGUCCAGUCUGAGAUCAAUGUUCUCACUAUAACAGAGCCAGAAAAUGAGAUCCAUGCCAUGGAUUACAGCAUGGACGGUAGUGUUUUUGCCACGGCUGGGAAAGACCGCCACAUCCGUCUUUAUGACAGUCACACCAGCGAGAUUGUGAACAUCCUGAGGGCCCCAGAUUUCCACCAUGACCUGAGCCUGACUAGUGGCCACAUACGCAGAAUCUUCGCAUUAAGGUUCCACCCUUCCGAGUAUCACAUCUUCCUAACUGGGGGAUGGGAUGACUCCGUCAAGGUCUGGGACAAGCGCAUGGCGAAAGAAGCGCGGUGUGUCAUUAAUGGUCCUCACAUAUGCGGUCCUGGAAUUGACAUCAGGAACAACUAUGUCCUCACCGCCUCCUGGGUAGCACGCAACGCUCUGCAGCUAUGGGACUUCCGCACCGGUAAUCUCCUACAAGACAUCCCGUUUCCAGCAUCCCAACUUCAAGGCGAGUUCCUGUAUGCAGCCAGAUUCUGUACGGAUAGUGUGGUGCUGGCCGGAGGAAGUGGAACCUUCAGCGCUCAUGCGGCCAAUAUCAAGACUCAGGAGGUCCUUGGAGAGGUGUCCUUGUCCCACAAAGCUGUGCAGACAGUAGACGCUGCCCCUAGUGGCCAGGCUAUGGCAGUAGCAGGAGUUGGCGGAAAUCUUCACAUCGCGGAGCUCUGCUGA